CUAUAGCAAAACACGGAGAAGUCCAACCACUCCACGCCAUCGUAGCGAGCAUGAACCAAAACAAGAACAACAACUACAGCAUGGCAGGAACCCUAGCAAUCACGGGGAUCACCAUUUGUGCCACCGCCCUCGGCUGGACCAUCGCGAAACGAAUCCGUUUCGUUCGCGGCUACUGGAAGACCUGCAAGGCCGAAAUCCUCACCGAUGCGCACGGGGUAAAGUGCUCUUCCUGGCUCGCCGGUGGCGGUGAUUCGAACGCGGAUGCGGGCGACGCGGUGCCCUUGUCCACCGCCUCCUGGUUUCGCGUCAACGACGUCAUCAUGGGGGGCAGAUCGACCUCGGAGCUGUCCACCGACGAAAAGGGCAGGCUGGUCUUCUCCGGGAACCUCAGCACCGUGGGGGGCGGCUUUGUCUCGGUGCGGACCACCGAGGACUGCCCGGUCCGGAUCCGAAACCCGGAGGGCGUUUCUUCCGUGAGGGUCUCCCUUUCCGGAGACGGGCAGCUCUGGAAGGUGAACCUAGGAACCUCCCAUUCGCUCCUGUCGGCCGAUCCGACCUGGAGCCACGACGUUCCUACCGAGUCGGACGCCCUCACCACCCACACCCUUCGCCUCUCGGACUUUACGGCGACCAAGCGGGGCCGUCCCGUAAAGGGGGCCGUCCUCGAUCCCUCGGCGGUGUGCUACGCCGGCCUGAUCCUGUCGCUCUACACGCAGACCGGGGAGGCCAACCCGCGAUUCGGCGACGGGCCCUUUCGGGUGGUCCUCCACGAGCUCGAGUUUGUGUGAGCGAGUGCGGGUGAGUGCGGCUGCAAGCAGACAGGGAACCGUGCGGCACCGGUUUUGCUUGGCUUGGCUGCCGCUGUCUCGUGUGGAGAUGUGUUCUGUUCUGUUCUGUUCUGUUAUCCGUGUGCGCAAUCCAAUGGUUUCACGGCAACGAAUGCACGCCUUUCCAUGGAACGGAAAAACCAUGCCCCGAAGAAGAUGUCGAAAGCACAACGCGCACUCAUCGGAACAAAACAAUGCGAAAACAAAACCACCAGAAACCGCCAUCCCACGGAAUCGUUUCUCUCAUCGGCAACCACUAUCGAAAGAGUGGCUUACAUUUGUUGCGGAUCUGGCUAACUCCAAAGCAGAGACGCACGAUUGCCGAAAGGUUGCACAAACGACGUGGUUCACCUGCGGAAUUCUCAAGUUCUAGAGCAUUCGCUACCAAAAGAAGAAAACCCUGAACGCACAGUACACAAGGAAUGACACCGGGUACUUUAUUCAUCGAGAGAUUCAUUUAUUUUAACC